AUGGGUGCCGGCUGGGGGGCUCGCAAGAAGACGACGUUGAUUUUCGUCGUGCGGAGGCCCAGAUUUCUUUGGAGAUGGCCAUGCGUGGUCGCUAUCAUGGCUAGAAGGAGAAAUGUGGGUUCCAAUGGGCAUGAGUCACCUCCUCAUCCGACCGUUGUGGCCGUUUCCCCAGUUGGUUUGCCGGUUUCUGUUUCUUCUAGUUUUCCUGCGGGUGUACAAGCAGAAGGAAGUAGUGCACCUUCUUGGAAAAGAGAGUGGUGGUGGUGGUUCCUAGUUCUCCUGAGGCGUCACCCUCUCAAUCCGCUGGUGCGCCCUUGGUUAAUCCUGGUUUCGACUUUGUAUUUUGGGGUGUGCCAACUUCCCCUGGGGGUUCUCUUUAACGUGAGAAGCCAUCCCUGGUCAAUGAAACAUGGACUUUAUCUCACUCUACGUCUUUUGAGGCCUAUGCUCCGGGCUGUGCGAUUACUAGGGAUUCCUUGCAGUCAUAAGGCACUACCGCCCAACAGUGGACUAGGUGUGUACAUCCUCUAG